AAUUCAAUUUUAAUCUUUAGUUCUUGAAUUUUCUCGGAUUUCUUGUUCCCAAUUCUCCAGAUUGUCGUAUUACUUGGUUGAAUUUAUGGGGUUCUUCCCCCUCCUGCAAGAUCUUCGAUUGUUCAUUCCAUCUUCCCGCGCCCUUGUGCGAAUUUGUUCACUGAAUCGAGGGCUUUGCUGAAUUGCGAUUAGCUUAUGCGUGUUGAAUCGUUGAAUUCCCACCUUCUCCAUCAACCACCUACGAUACGAAUGAUGAAACGUCCGUUUUUAACUCUUACAAUGGCGAAGAUGAGAUGGCCGUUGAUGAUCUUAGCACUGGUUUCCAUUUCCACCGCAAUGGUUUUCUUCAUGAGGACUACGUUCGAUUCUUGUAGCGGCAAUGUGAAUAGACGAUUUGUGGAAGAAAAUGGUAUCGAUUCACAGAUUCGCUCCUCCCAGAUUGAGAGAAAAGAUCCGAAUCCGAAUCCGAAUCCUCUUGAUUUCAUGAAAUCGAAGCUUGUCCUCUUGGUCUCUCAUGAGCUCUCCCUUUCUGGUGGGCCUCUACUACUCAUGGAGCUUGCAUUUUUGUUGAGAGGCGUCGGUACUGAAGUUGUUUGGAUCACCAAUCAAAAGCCAUCGGAGCCCGAUGAAGUAGCAUACAGUUUGGAGCGCAAGAUGUUAGAUCGAGGAGUGCAGGUAUUAUCUGCUAAGGGACAAGAAGCUGUUGAAACUGCUCUAAAAGCUGAUUUGGUUGUUCUAAAUACCGCUGUUGCUGGGAAAUGGUUGGAUGCAGUCCUCAAGGAGAAUGUUCCUCGUGUUCUUCCCAAGGUUCUGUGGUGGAUUCAUGAGAUGCGAGGGAACUAUUUCAAGGUUGAGUAUGUGAAGCACCUUCCUUUUGUUGCAGGUGCCAUGAUUGAUUCACAUACAACUGCAGAAUACUGGAAAAACAGAACACGAGAACGAUUAGGGAUAAAAAUGCCUGAAACUUAUGUCGUGCAUCUUGGAAAUAGUAAAGACCUUAUGGAAGUGGCUGAAAAUAAUGUGGCCAAGAGGGUUCUUCGAGAGCAUAUUCGUGAGUCCCUUGGAGUUCGGAAUGAAGAUAUAUUGUUUGCAAUUAUAAACAGCGUUUCACGUGGGAAAGGUCAGGAUUUAUUUCUCCGAGCCUUUCAUCAGAGUCUGCAAAUGAUCCAAGAUAAAAAGCUGCAGGUACCUAGGAUACAUGCAGUGGUAGUUGGCAGUGACAUGAGUGCUCAAACAAAGUUUGAAACAGAACUGCGCAACUUUGUAAAUGAGAACAAAAUUCAGGAUCGUGUUCAUUUUGUCAACAAAACCCUGUCUGUGACUCCUUAUCUAGCUUCCAUUGACGUUCUUGUUCAAAACUCUCAGGGUAGAGGAGAAUGCUUUGGAAGGAUAACAAUUGAAGCAAUGGCGUUUCAGCUGCCCGUGCUGGGCACGGCUGCUGGAGGAACAAUGGAGAUCGUAGUGAACGGGACGACAGGUUUGCUGCAUCCUGCAGGCAAAGAAGGCGUAACUCCACUGGCACAGAACAUCGUGAAGUUAGCGACGGACGUCGAGAGAAGGCUGACCAUCGGAAAGAAAGGAUACGAGAGGGUGAGGCAAAUGUUUCUGGAACAGCACAUGAGCCAAAGAAUUGCUGUUGUUUUGAAGGGAGUUCUGCAGAAAGCAAAGAGCCACAUUAGCCAUUAGCUUUCAGCAGAAUAAUCAUCACCCUGUUGCCCAAAAAA